GCAGUGCGUUCAGUACCCAUUUUACGUUAGCCAAUCACCGUUACUGUUACGAAACGGUUAAUCGAACGAACCGUUUUGGCGCUAACGUUUAAAGAUGGCGGACAGGAGAAUAAUAUCAGCGAUUUUGUUAGAAGAAUUGGCGGAAGAUGACUUAUUUACGCAAUUUAAUUCUAAUCAAACAUUGGCAAUGGAUGUCAUGAAUGUUUCUCUAAAUGCUGUUUCAUUGGUUUUGUCCAGCAGAAGUGAUCCAGUACGUGUUGAAGGUUAUGUGCCUGAGGUUGUUUCAAUAUACUCUGAUUUGGAGUUCAAAUCCCAUUUUAGAAUGCAGAGAUCAACAUUUGAGAUGUUAUGCACUGAAGUUGCGCCCGAGUUUCCUAGAGAGCGUUCAAUUAACCUGGAAACAAAGAUGUUAGCCACCCUGUGGUUACUAGGAACGCAAGAAUGUUACAGAAGUGUGGGAGACAGAUUUGGUAUGAGUAAAGGCACGUUACACCUCAUUGUCCAACAAGUUUGUAGAGUGAUUUCGGAUAUGAGGGAAACCUACAUAAGAAUGCCAAGGACAAGACAGGAAAUGGAAAGGGUAGAGAAAGGCUUUAGGGAAAAGUGUGGAAUGCCAGGAGUUGUAGGUGCCAUUGAUGGUACACAUAUAGCCAUACCAGGGCCGUCUGAGCACAGGUCAUCCUAUAUCAACAGGAAAGGGUAUCAAAGUAUGCAACUACAAGUUGUGUGUGACAGCCAACUGAAGUUCUUGGAUACCUACACUGGCUGGCCUGGAUCUGUGCAUGAUGCAAGGGUAUACAGAAACAGCCCCAUAUCAGAAACAGUAUCCAACCUACCUCAUGACAAACACCUUCUUGGAGAUUCAGCCUACCCAUUAAAAGUCAACAUGUUAGUUCCGUUUAGAGAUAAUGGACAUCUAAACAGAGUGGAAAAAAAGUUUAACAAAGUACACUCCUCCACUAGGGUGGAUGUUGAAAGAGCAAUUGGACUGCUCAAGUGUAAAUUCAGGAGAUUGAAACACCUGGAUAUGUUAAUGGUGGAGGAAAUCCCUGUUACUAUCACUUCAUGCUGCGUUCUCCACAACUACAUAUUGGAGAAUGAUUGUGAUGACUCUGAGGAGUCUGUUGAUGAUUUCAGUGGUGGGGACGCGGAUAUUGACCAGACUGACAAUAUGGAAAAUGUUAGUGGCCAGGCUGCACAAAAGAGGCAGCAUGUAGCAAAUCUGUUAUAAUGUUAUUAUUGGAAAGUGUCUGCUGAAAUUGAAAAUUGCUUUGCUGUAUCAACUUACAUGAAAGUUAUUGUAUGAAUUAUCCAAUAAUUGUGCAAUAAUUGUGACUAAUUUAUAAAAGCUAAUACUUAUGCUAGUAACCGGGUCAUUUCUUAGCAUAUUAGUCUACUCUAGUCAAUUAUUACCUGCCAUAGGACAGUGCUUUAUCUUGUAAAUUGAAAGACCAUAGUGGAACUGUAAUUAUAUGUAGUUGUGAGGUUAAUUUCACUUUAUAAAUUUUGAACAAAUUUUUAAUACACAGAGACUGAGUAUGUUGCAAAAUUUAAAAGGCAGACUGACUCGACUGGAACCUUCCUUGAUUUUUCUUUGAUAUCAAUAUGAAUAUCAUCUAGAAUGCAUUUGCAAAUGUAUCCUUAUAUGUAAACAAAAGAUAAUGAGGCAUUAAUUUUGGGUCUAGAAUUUAAAUAAUAUUGAUGUGAGAAUGCAGAUUAAAUAGGUUGUUAUUGUUUUUCAAAUCUGAACUUAAUUAAAUUGUUAUACAUAUCACAAGAUGUUGUUGUUUGUCAUUACUCAUAUAAAUAUUUUCUCCCAUUCAUAUCUUGUUAACGUAUGUGAAGUACAAUACAUUCUUAUCUAUAUAAUUGAUAACGUAGAUGGGAAACACUAAAAGUGUUCCUGAAGAAUCACAAGGGUGUUACCCAGAAUCAAACCCGGAACCUAAUGAGUGACAAGUCCG